AAGCAUCUCUCUCUCUCUCUCUCUCUCUCAACCGCGUAGAUACGAUUAAGAGUAGACCCUGUCAAGAACACAAAGAGUAGACUCUAUCAAGAACACAAGAGUUGGUGAACUUUACAAGUCGACUUCUUCAAGAUCCUGCGUCUCUACAACCAUUUCCUGAUCAGAAUCGGAGGCAUAUCUUGUCAUCUGAUCACCCCUUCGAAUUCAUCAAUAACGUAUCUAGUAAGGAUGGGUGAGAGAAAGAAAGAAACGUCAUCAUCAAUGUUGGCGAUUUACUCGGCUCUGUUCUUAAUUCUGACGUUUCUAGUCAGUUUCUCCGCUGCCAGAGAGCUUCAAAGUCAAACGAAAGAGCAGACCCGUUCGCCCAAUCGCCUUGGAUCCUCCCUGGUUUUUCCCGUUCAGGGAGAUGUUUAUCCUAAUGGGUUUUUUUAUGCUACCAUAUACAUAGGGAACCCUCCCAAACGCUAUUAUCUUGACAUUGACACUGGCAGUAAUCUUACUUGGGUACAAUGUGCAGCUGGACCUAGGGCCAAGUUGCUCAAGGCCCCUAACAAUCCCUACAAGCCAAACAAUAAUGCCUUGUCUUGCAAGGACCCCUUAUGCGCAUUUGUUGACCAACCAAAAAAUUUCCCGUGUGAAGCCUCAAAUGAUCAAUGUGAUUACGAAGUUCAUUAUGCUGACUACGGAUCAUCUCUUGGUGUGCUGGUUCGAGACUCCUUUACCCUCAAACUCACUAACGGGUCGACUUUUAAACCUACGCUGGCCUUUGGGUGUGGAUACGAUCAAGAAUUUUCUGGUCAGUUUCCUUCACCAUAUGUCGAUGGAGUGCUUGGCCUUGCCAAUGGAAAAUCAAGCCUUGUGUCACAGCUACUCGGUUUUGGUCUAACACAGAAUGUUAUUGGCCAUUGUUUAGGAGGACAAGGGAAGGGGUUUCUUUUCUUUGGAGAUGAUUUCUUGCCUUCUGGACUUUUUUGGGCACCAAAGAUUCCCAAUUCAUUGAACUACUACAUGACAGGGCCGGUGGACCUCCUCUUUGGUGGGAAGACUUUGGUUGCCAAGGGCCUUUAUGUAGUUUUUGACAGCGGGAGUACUUACACUUACCUCAAUCCUCAAGCUUACCAAGACACACUCGCUCUGGUUAAGACAGCACUGCUGAAGAAGCCAUUAAGUCCAGUCAAGGAUGGAAGCCUCCCCAUAUGUUGGAAAGGGGUGAAACCGUUUCGAAGCAUUGAUGCAGUAAAGAACAACUUCAGUCCGUUGGCAUUGAGCUUUACAAAUACCAAGAAUGUUGCUUUCUUAUUGCCGCCUGAAUCUUAUCUCGUCAUCACUUCUCAUGGCAAUGUGUGCUUGGGGAUUUUGAAUGGAGCUGAUGCACAUUUAGGAAGCUUAAACAUAAUUGGGGAUAUUUCUAUGCAAGACAAAUUGGUGGUUUAUGACAAUGACAGAGAGAGGAUUGGUUGGACUUCUUAUAAUUGCAACUAGCUCCCCAAGCCUUGGACUUUCUUUUUUUUUUUUUAUAGGUAAUUACCUUCCUUUUCAAUUUCAACAUGGGUCUAUUCUCUUGCUUGUAUUUCUUUUUCGUGGGGUUGUGGGUCACUGUUAUAAUGAAGUUUUUUUUUUCCCAGCCUUUGUGCAGCCAAGUUGAGUAAUAUUAGCACAGGCCAUUGGCUUCAUUUUGAUGUUUCCAGAGAAGAGGUUGAUAGGAUAUAAGGCUAGAAAGGAAGAUAAUUAGGAGUAUAGAAAUUGGCUUGAUGGCUUGCUGCUGUAAUCAACUUGUUGAAUUGUGAGAGAGAAGAGAUUGAUGGUUGUAAAUUCCAAGUCUGCUGAUAUAUUCAUCGUUCAGCAAAA